CUGGGCCUGCUAGUUGGAUUUCACAUCUGUUUGCAGCCGCGUUUUCAAUCCUAUUUUAUUUUCCUUCCAAGAGUAUUCAGCGUGCACGGUCACGAACCUCUCCAACAGGUCGGAAACCAGUGAGUAUAACCUCUCUCACCUUGAUUUCCUGUCCAGGUCUGCGUUUGUUGCCUCCUUAGCCCGGCAGAUCUGACACAGCCACCGUUUCAACCCAUUUACGUUAUACUCUGCUAUUUUACGAGCGGCCGAGGAAAAGGACUGGCGGGAUAGAGUUGCUUUUCGCUCUCUCUGGUCACAAUUUCGCGGUGUACGGUCAACCUGCCAAUUCUUGUCUGCCUUGUCUGCUUCAGCUAUUACUUCAGUGCUUGCCGGACUCUAAAAGACCAGUCCUUCAUAUUUUCAAUUUUCCAAAGUCCUCGAUGCCCAGUGGUGGCGUCUUGCUAUUGCAAUUCCUGGUCAAGCCACGGGGGCAGUCCCAUGUCCGUGGAUCCCGUUUCCGUCGUUCCAAUCGCACCCCGGCAGAAGCAGCCGCUGUCGUUUCUAACUCCAAAGUCGAGCCCGCGGCGGCUGCUUUCUCUUAUGAUUCCCCAGUUGUAAUUGCCCCACAGUUGUUCCGCUCUGUGACAUACUGGAAUCAAAGGUCACAUGUAUCCUUUAUUCCGACGCCCGUCGUGUCCCUUGGAGUGACACCCCAGACCACCGGCCGGCCCCUUCUGCUUCACAUUUUCGGGCCCGGCCCUGAACGCUCAAUUGAGCAUACUGUCUUCCUUGAGUUCUUUAUUCCAGGACUUUCUGGAUUGUCUGCUUUCGAUUUUGUGGUCUACGAAUCGCGGGUUGCACCUUUAGUUGUUGGUGAAGAUUUCUGGGUAGCCUUCAAGGUUCUUUGCCAGCCUCGGAACGUUUCGAACUAGCUGGUAAACCCAUCGCUACGCUCAACCAUCUAGUUAGCGCUCUCGAUUUCAAGCCCGAUUCACUUCCCGUCCUGGAUUCCUUCGUCAAUGUUCCCAAAGAAUUCUCAACCAUGCUCCAGCCCUCCCCCUGGCUCCUGUGCGUGUAGUGCUUCCUCCCUCAUGCCCCGACGAUUACCACAUCCGUAUCAAUCCUGACUCAAAACGUCGAGCAUAUCGUCCACUUCCACGUUAUUCUCUAGCUGAUGCCGAAGUCUUGAACACUGAAGUCCAUCGUCUCCUCGAUGCCGGUCUCAUUGAACCUUCUUACGUGCAGACAUAUGUUGUUGCUCAAAUUUUUUCCAAGACAGCUUCCAAACAGUCUUCGACU